CGGUUUUUCCGCGAAGCUCCAAAAAUCUAUGAAAUGUGUUUGCAUGUUCCUCUCUGCAAGCGGGGAUGUAGAGGUGGGAUUGCAAGGACUGAGAAAGCUGGGGGAACCCACGCGUUCAGCCUCAGAGAAAGUACGCUUUUCCAAAAUAACUGACGGUGAAUAUUUUUUUUUCUUUUUCACAUUUGUCACUAACGGGCAGGCACUCUGUAUGAUUUUGUUCUCGGAGAAUAAGCUUUUUUUCUGCCCUUUUCUUUUUUUUUUUUUGUGUCACCAUUCUGCACGGCAGGCUGAGAGACGGACCGCUCGGACUGUGGGAGCCCUCCCCUCUGCUCGGAUCUGCUUUGUUUCCAGACGGCCCAUGGAACGACGUGGAUGAGGGCUGAGCUGUAGUGCGGGCAGAAGGCUCCGGGGCCUGCCUGUUAUCGGCUGGCUGAUUGGUCCAUUGAGGUGAGGCACCACUCUCACCGGGGCACAGAACGGACCGAGAAAAGGUCUUUGCUCCCCCUCCUCGCUCACCCCUGCCCCCUUUCCACCCUCACCCCCAACCCAGGCACGUACGCUCUGGACCAUGUCUAGUGGGCUGUCGGCGGGGGGCCGGACAGAGGACCAGGAGCGGAGUAACUGCAAACAGGACUCUCCUGUUAUAGAGCGCAGGAACCGCAGUGGCAUCAUCAGUGAGCCCCUCAGCAAGAGCCUUAAGAAGUCCCGUACCCUCUCCCAGUAUACAGCAGUCUCCUCUGCCACCAGCAAUGGACACAAGGACAAUAGUGAGACAAAGAGCCACUUGGCCAAGCCUCAGCCACCCCCGCUGCCUCAGCCCACUGUCUCCGCACUGGCGGCAGCCAAGUUGGACCGGACCCUAGAACAGGUUCUGGAGGGACAGAAUGGCCUGCUGCACUUUGCUCAGGCAGCAGCAUUGUUAAAGCGGGCCGGUAUGGAGCACAUGCUCCUGCCUGGGGGCAUGGGAGUGGGAGUUGGCAGUGGAGACGCAGGCUCGGGGGCUAGCGACUUGGAGGGUACGUCUGUCACGGACGCCGUAGGUGGUCCUGUUGACUUCCCAUAUGGAGUAGGGGGUGGUUUCCCCUUCAACCCCGGGCUUUUCAUCAUGACGCCGGCUGGAGUGUUUCUGGCGGACAGCGCGCUACACAUGGCCGGCCUGGCCGAGUACCCGGCGCAGAGCGAGCUGGCCUCUGCGAUCAACUCCGGUAAAAAGAAGCGAAAACGUUGCGGCAUGUGCCCACCUUGCCGACGGCGGAUUAACUGCGAGCAAUGCAGCAGCUGCCGGAAUCGCAAAACAGGCCACCAGAUCUGCAAGUUUCGCAAAUGUGAGGAACUGAAGAAGAAACCCUCUGCUGCUCUGGAGAAGGUGAUGCUUCCUACAGGAGCGGCGUUCCGGUGGUUCCAGUAGGAUUCCUCCUCCACUCCCUACCCAAAGCUCUGCCAUCAAGUGCAAUGCCAACUCCUGGAUUGUCUCCAGAACAGACACUGGCUAAUAAACAAACAAGCAACAAAUAAAAUUAUAGAGAAAAAAAAUAACAAACAAAACAAAGCAGAAAAAAAAAAAAAUCAAUCGGGUAAUGGAUGCACCUACUUAUUCCUUGAACCAAAAAUGAAACGUAAAGAAAAGCAUCUAUGGCAACUUUCAUUCCCUUUUCUAUGUUUCCAUUUUGGUACCUUUUGUCCUUUUUCCAGCAGGUUUUUUUCUGUCGCUUAAACAUGGAACUGUUCAUUGCCAGAAACAGAAAUGACGGACUGAGUGUGGACAAUCAACUAAUUUCUGUGUUUGGUGUUAAUGUUGUUCAUGUGUGGAAAGAUACAGUACUUGUGUAGAGAAUGUAAAUUUACAGCUAUAUUUCAAAACUAGUGGCUAAUGGCAAACAUUAUUGUAAUUCUUCACCAUUAUUUUACUUAAAAACAUGUCCGUUUUAUGAUUCUUUUUGUUGAAGAGUCUAGUUUUCAGACGGAUCGGUGGUUGUCUUUGAAAGACAAAGAAAAUGUUUUUAAAUUGUAACGCUGUUGAUUUUGGAUUUAAACUAAACUGAAAAAGUUAUGUUAUCGGCCCACUACUGUAGUCUGUAGUCGCCUCAAUCAGCCCUCCUCUGCAUUUCCAAACUUUUCCUUUAGUGAUACUGGCAGCCUUAUGUUACUGUGGCCCCACUGAGCAUGUGCCAAUACUGCUCAGGGCAAUAGCACUAAGAGACAGCACUUGCUCUGAGUCUACCCUACUGAACGCACUGAGACAAGAUUCAUUUUUAUUUUUGUUUGUUUGUUUAUUUGCUAUAUUUUCAUGAUUUUGUUAUAUUGCUGGGUAGCUACAGCUUUUUGAAAUAACCAAUCUUUGUAUUUGUUUAGAAAAUUCGACUGGUUUUGUGAAUAAAAAGGAAUGCAUGUAAUUGUGUCAAAAUUUACAAUUCUGAUGUUUGUCUACUUGUCUAUUUGCAUGUUUUUUUUGUUGAAAAAACAGCUGGUUUGACAAAAAGAAACAUUAAGUAUACAUUUUCCAUGAAUUGAAAAAAAGUAUUCCCUUUUCUUUGAUAAUUGGAUGGAGUUGGGAAAUUCUUAAAGAUUCUGACGUGAGAAGAAGUCAUUAAAAGUAAAUCAGGCGGUGGUAUGGUUCACCAAGAUGUCCUUGGUUUGACUGAGAUAUUUCUCUCACGGCCUGUGUAAUACCUUCCUAUAUAUUGGAAUGACUGAUGGAGCCUUGCUGUGCUAAAAAUGUAACCAAAAUUAUUUAAAAGACGUUUGAAUAAGAACAA